AUGAUGGUGCUUUUAUUGAUGAAUAGAUCGGUUAGAGGAUACCCGCCGAUGCUGUUCCCUCAGUUCGCAACCAGAGCCACUCAAGAUACUCUGUGUUUGGGGCUGAGACUAUUGAAACACCUUCUCAAGGACAAUAGGUUACGAAUGGAGGUGCAUGCCUUACUGGACAUAGGAAGACCAUCACACGUGGAUCAUAUCCAACUUAUCAAGGACCCCGGCAGCAUCCCCCUCAAUCUCCCUCCCCAGCCAGAAAACAUGUUUAGAAGGAGAUUGAGGGAGGGGCUACCUGCAAUCAUAAAGAACAAAGAGAUGCUGGCAAUAUUCAACACCAAGGCAGAGGUGGAAGAGUCAAAUCUCAAGAGAGACCUGCUGGCCAUUCGCCCGAUCAGUCCUAAAUUACUCUGCAAAUUGUGGCAGUUAUCGAACAUAGGCCACAUUGAGAAGUUGAUCAGCAAAUUCUCAACAUCUCGUUCCAUCCAAAGUGCAUCCAUGUUAAUGUGGAUAGAUGAGAGUGCUCUGCAUGCAACUGUAAAGGCUCUAGAGACUCGAACAUGUAGGUAUUACCUAAGAACCAAACAUACACCUUUCACAGUGGAGGUUCAGCGGACAAAAUGUGUGACUACCUUGGCCCAGCACCUUCGUGAGACCUUAUGGGAAUUAGCAUUAGAGGGAAUCACUAUGCCAACUCCGUACGACAAAAUAGUGAUUGUUCCAUGGGAAACAAUCCCGGAAGAGGCUGUACCCUCCUCCAUCAUGGUAAGCUUGUCUGGUGAAUCUCACCACGAUCGCUUUCACGAGAGAGGUCCUCGUUUGCCUUACAUUGGAUCGCAGACGCAGAUCCGCACUCGAAAAGCGCUUUUGCAAGUGAUGGAGGUGGGGGAGGUUAUAGAGAGUAUAAAAAUGAUAAUGGAACUAAGGAGCUGGGUAAAGGGGAGCAAAGGACUGUAUGACCUGCUAAAGGUUCUAUUGAAGGAGAAGACAAGACUCACGCUGGCUGAGCUGGAACCACUCACAGCGCAAGUUUACUCCGGACUCCUACCUCACAGACUUCCAUGUCCAGCACUAAGAGGAGCCAUGUGGAACGGGUGCACAACGAUACUCACUUGGCUACGCAUAGUGUCAGACACGGCGACCCAUUAUGCCAAACAGGGUACGAAUUUUAACAUCUGCUUUCAGGAGGAUUUCCUUUAUGGGUUGUCGGUCUUGGCCGAGUGGUACCGUGAGUAUCGUUAUUUCCCGACCACCAUGGCAAUAGUGCUGGACAAGAAAUGCAUAUGGGAGCUUCCCCCGGAGUCCGUCACUCUUGAAGCAUGCACUUAUCAAGGUCUACCUUUAGCCAAAGUGAUAGAAGAUGUGACAAAAGUGGAAGAUAGGAGAGUCAUACCAACUAACGUGGAGAUAUGCCCCCGAUUCUCCUACUCUGUCCACAUGGCACACAAGCUCGCAGCUUGGAUCAUCCACAUCAGAGAAGAGGAGUUCGUCGCCUCCCUGGAGAACCGUGCGAUUGGGGAAAGUGUUCAAGCCAGUUUUCUCAAUCUCACGGAGUUCAGGGGGGUGAUGAUAGAUGUGCUGAUCCCCUGUAUGGUAUUUUACCUGAUGGUGUAUGAUCGGAAGUUCUUUGCCCAGAGAAAAACAUAUUUUAAUGCAGUGUACACUGCCAAAAAGACGGCAUAUAUGACCUGCGGAAAGACAGGGGACUUGGGGAUGCUUUUGCAGGCUUAUCAGCAUCAGGCAGAGAGGGUGACUUGA